AUGAGUUGCCAACCUUUUACUUCGGCUGAUACCUUUAUACCUCUGAAUUCUGAGUCUUCUGCAACUCUGCCUCUGAUAAUGCAUCACAGCGCUGCCGAGUGCCUACCUGUCUCCAACCACGCCACCAACGUGAUGUCCACAGUCCCGUCUAUUUUGUCUUUGAUCCAAACUCCUAAAUGUUUGUGCACAUAUUUCUUGGUGACAACAUUGGGAACCACAGCAACAGGACUUCAUUAUUCUGUUCCUUCCUGUCAUUAUGGAAACCAGUCAUCGACCUAUGGAGUGAUGGCAGGGAGCUUAGCCCCUUGUCUUUAUAAGUUUCCCGACCACACCUUGAGUCAUGGCUUUCCUCCCAUGCACCAGCCUCUCCUGGCAGAGGACCUCACAGCCGCUGAUUUCAAGCAGGAGCUCAGGCGGAAAAGCAAGUUGGCUGAAGAGCCAAUAGACAUGGAUUCUCCAGAAAUCCGAGAACUUGAAAAGUUUGCCAAUGAAUUUAAAGUGAGAAGAAUUAAACUAGGAUACACCCAAACAAAUGUUGGGGAAGCCCUGGCAGCUGUGCAUGGCUCUGAAUUCAGUCAAACAACUAUCUGCCGAUUUGAAAACUUGCAGCUCAGCUUCAAAAAUGCAUGCAAACUGAAAGCAAUAUUAUCCAAAUGGCUGGAGGAAGCCGAGCAAGUAGGAGCUUUAUACAAUGAGAAAGUGGGUGCAAAUGAAAGAAAAAGGAAACGGAGAACAACUAUCAGUAUUGCUGCUAAAGACGCUCUGGAGAGACACUUUGGAGAACAGAAUAAACCUUCCUCUCAAGAGAUCUUGCGGAUGGCUGAAGAACUGAACUUGGAGAAAGAAGUAGUGAGGGUUUGGUUUUGCAACCGAAGGCAGAGAGAAAAACGGGUGAAAACAAGUCUGAAUCAGAGUUUAUUUACUAUUUCUAAGGAGCAUCUUGAAUGCAGAUAA